AUUUAUUUGCACGAGUUUAAUGAACUGCACCAAUGCAAAUAUGUGCGAUUACUUUUCACUCUCCCUCUGUCUUGUGCCCCCUGCUGCUUGCUUGCUUUUAACAGAAGGCAAAUAGUCGAAAAGCGUAUCGUUUAUUCUGCCCUCACAGUUCCACUUCAGAUACUCGAACUUACAUCUCACACACACGGUUCGUGUUCGUGCUUGUACUUGCAUGUAAAUAUAAUAAAAACCUGGACGAAAAUUCAGUAAAACUUAAUCAAAAUGAAAUUCAAUAGUAAAUAAAUUAAUUGCAAUUUAACUCGGCGAGAAAAUGGACUGUACAUGUGCAUCAAUUUUGCCUGCCGCGCUGUUGUUGUUUGAUGCCAAUGCCAUCACAUUGUUGCUAUUUUGUAGCUGGCAACUAAUUUCAACAAGACUGGGAGAGUUUGUGCUACUGUUGGGAAAAGAUUGCUGGGCUGAGAAUUUCAUCAGCUGUUUGCUUGCCCACAGCGACAGCGACAUCGACAAGCAACACAAGCAACAACAGCAGGAGCAACAGUGGAAAUUGUUUACUUGCGACUAAUAAAAAUGCAAUUUUUAUGGCAUAGAAAAUAGAGCGUGGCCAUUGCAUUGGAUGUUGUACAGAACCCAAAUGAAAAUGAGGUUUGGAAAAUAUGCCAGCAGCGGCAGCAACAGUGGCAGCCAGUGGCUGCAAGAGAUUGUGAUGUAAUGAGAGCGCAGCAGCAAAAGUGAAGCCGCAAUGCAAUUGCAAUUGCAAAAAGAUUAUACAAUUUGUGAGCUUGCUACGAACUAGGACAACAGCAACACGGCCUCAGACAUAGUCUUAAACUGAUAAAUACCGGCUGGCAACAACGAGCAAACUAGCAACAUAGUAGCGUGCAACAGCAACAACAGUAAGAGCAGCAGCAAUAGCAGCAGCAUAAAUUCAAAGUCGCUACGGUAUUAAUUGAGCGGAGCGUGGGAACUACAAAUCACAGCAACAGCAACAGAAGCAGCAACAACAGCAGCAGCAACACCAAUAGCAGCAGCCAGCAAAUCACAACAAAAAAAAAUUGCCGCUCUGCUCGCUCUUUGCUCUCACAGUGCUCGCCAAGAGUUAAGCGACAACAACAGUUUGCCGACGCUGAGAGCUCUCAUUCGGACGCCACGAUUUUUUGUUGUUUCUCCUCAUAUAAUUUGAGGCGCUUCGGCAAGCGCACACGACAGUUGUGCUUGAAACGCUUCGUAGUGAAGAUCGUGCUCGAUCGACGCGCGGAAAACAAUAAAAUAAAACAAAUCCCACAAAAAGAAGAAAUACACAAAUUUGUUAAACACCAAAUUGGCGUGUACAAUUUUGUACAACAGUGAACAAAAACAAACAAAACGAAAAAGAAAUUUUUUUUUAGAAAUUUUUGUUCAAAUAUCGACGACGAGAUUCGCGUGGAAAUUAGCAAGCGUUUACAAGAAACAAGCCAAAAACAAGAAAAAAAGCAAAUUCAAUAAAUUGGAAAACUUAUCGAGAAGCAAAAAAAAAACCAAGAAAUAAAAAAAAGAAGAAACACAAC